AUGCCCCGCCGCCGCCGCCCGCCCCGGCCCGGCGCCCUCGCGGACCUGUCGCCGAGGCGCAUCGCGACGCAGAUUGUGCUCCUGCAGCUGGCCUACUACGCCUGCGCCGCCGUGCUCAUCAUCUUCACCGCGCUGGUCGCCGGCACCGACAUCGGCCCGGACCUGCUGUUCAGCUGGGAGACGCUGCGCGGCGACACGACGGUCGGGUGGACGCUGGGGCUGGUCUGGAUGCUGAACAGCCUGACGAGCGCCCUCUUCCUCCUCGUCCUCGUCGCCCGCUCCAAGCUCGUCCUCGACUUCGCCCUCACUGUCCACGCAAUCCACCUCGUCGUCACCUCGCUGUACACGCACGCCGUCCCCUCGCACCUCUUCUGGUGGGCCCUGCAGAUGGCAAGCGCCACCCUCAUGACUUCGCUCGGCGUGUGGGCCUGCCAGUGGCGCGAGCUGCGGCCCAUCCACUUCGGCGCGAAGACGGCGCCGCCCGCCGACGCCCGCCCUGGGGAGGCGCGCGGCGCUGGAGAGUACGAGAUGACCAGCGUCGACCGCAGCGAGUAUGAGACGGCGAGGACACAGGCUUGA